AUCAUGGCGACCAAGAAGCUUUGUAGCGGGUUGCUAACUUAGCUAGCUAGUUCGAAAUAUGUGCUGCUUUUAUGUCUGCCUUUAGGUAGUCAUGAGAAUUUAUAGAUGUUUUUGUUGAAAACACUGUAAUGUAUAGGUUUGUAGAAGUAGCUGUUUACAGCGAUCGUUCUCUUUUAUUCUGAGCAUGGGAUACUUGGCUGUGUUUCCAGUCAUGGAUGGAAAGCGAGCACUCUGCCCUGGCUCGACUGGCAAGAUGAUUAAUCAACGCAUUAUUGAAGAUCACAUGAUCUCUCAUUACAAAAAGCUGUACUCAGCAAAAGCUGCAGUGGACUGUUCAGUACCCAAAAGUAUGCUUUGUAAUGUAAGAUAUAUUGACCAAAAGCGCCGUGAACAGAUAAAAAAAGAUGGCUCUGUGAGGACACAAUCAGCAAGGUCCCUUUCACAGAGGAGCCUCAGGUUGGAUAAUAUUACCUCUUGCUCAUCCAGAAAUGCCAGACCCUCUGCUCGAGGUGCUGAGAGUGCCUGUUUUAACACCGGUGACUCUGUCAUGUCCUCCCCCAGGUUCAGUACUUCAUUCCAUUGUAAGCAAAUUGUGUAUCCAUCCCAAAUGGCUGCACAGUCUCAGAAUUGCAGGCCAUCUUCAGAAUUAAGUUACAGAAGCCCAAAAUCUCAAAGGCACCACUUUACUCUUUCUUGUGCCACAUCUUCAAGUCAGGAGAAGUUUAAAAAUUUUCAAGACCCUACACAGAAAACCUACAGUGGUGAUAUUCUUCAUAAACAUGCCCACUGCUUCACACAAGAAAAGCCUUUCACACCCAGAACUCUGAAAACAGAUUCCAAGUCAACUCUCUCAACCUAUCGGUAUUACACUCCUGCAAGUAGGAAAGGAGCUGAAGAAAAUACACAGUCUAAAUAUAAUCAACUAGAGAAUCAUCACAGAAGCAGGCAAAGAUCUUCAACAGCACAGGAUUCACCCCAGCCAUACAGUGUUAACCAUGAGUGGUCUGAUGAAGAACCAAAUGUAUUUGGACAUUAUGACACUGAAAAUAAAUUCACAGCCAGGGAUUUUUUUCUUAGCUCCUCAAGAGUAUCACCAGAUGGAAUGAGGUCCCCAAUUAUGAGAAAAGUAUCAGCAGAAGAGGAAGAAUUAAUGUACCUGGAGUUUAUUACUGAUGUCACAAAUGAGAUUAUACUACGGGGCAUCUAUUCUGACAGAGUACUGCAGCGGGUGUUUGAGCGUCACAUUGACAUGAAUAAACAUCGGUUAGCUGAAGACAAAAUGCGCCAUCUUCUGGAAGCACUGCAGAAUGAUUUGCAAACCCCCCCUUUUUCUUCUGUCACCGUUCUUGAAAACAAGGAAAGUUCUUUAUUACACAGUCACAAGGACUCAAGUCUUCAGCAAAAGUGGGGAAAUUUUACAGUGGAUGAAAACAGCUUUCUCUCUUUUACAUCUUUAAAGGACACAUGGGAACCUGAUGUCAUUCCUACAUUAGAUACCACACCAGUAAAUGGCAGCAUUUCAGAGAAUGGUAAAUCAGUUAGACAAGAAGAUAAAAAGGACCUAAUGGACCUGGAACAAGAUCAUAAAAAAGAAAAUGCAAUAUCUUUGGAUUUAGAAAACCAUCAGCUCAAUGCAGGAGACAGUCAUCAGAGCUGUGCAGAUGAUGUCCUUGAUGAACUUAGCAGAAACAUGGCAGAGUCCCUAAAUGUGUCUGAUAUCCACAGCUCACAAGAGGUCAUUGAACAAGAGUCAUUUGUGAAACUUAGUGAUGAUGAGUUUUGACAUACUGUAUUCAGUUUAAGUGUUCAGUUGACUAUCUAAAGGCAAGUAUUCACAAUAAAGGCAUAUUGCUUAGUGUUUA